AAGCUUUCCUGCUUUUUCAACUCCCAAUAGGUUUCUUAACUUUGAAUAAAAUAGUCAUUGAAUUGAAGUAGUUGAAUAAACUAAAAUGAAGAAAAUAUCCUCUGUACCUGCAGAAGAGGCUACUGCUGUAAAAAGCUGAUUGAGCAUUUCAACAAACUGAUUCCAGUGCUUAGCCAGUGACUUCCACCAGUUCAGUGCAACUCUACCCCACUGUUUACCCAGAGUUGAUUGAUGCUGCAUGACCCCGGCCACUCCAGGCUAAAGGGAGUGAAGAGUAGCACAUGCAUGCGCGUCCGGAGGAGCAUGACCUGGCAUCAUGAGUCAAAAGCGUCCAGCAAGUGAUAGUGGAGUGCCUAGCAGUAGCAGUACCACUAGCAGCAAGAAAACCAAGAAAACCAUCAGCUUGGGUUACUAAAUUAGACAUUUUAAAGCAUUUUGAUGCAGGCGAGCAUGCAGUAGACAUUGGCAUCACUCUAGGUCUUACUCUGACCACUAUGAGAACAAUUCGGAAUAAUGCUGAAAAGAUCAGGGCUAGUGCUUGGCGUGUAACACCACACAGUGCUACUACAAUAAGUUGAUCAAGAAGUAGUUUGCUGGAAAACAUGGAGAGUCUUCUCUCACUGUGGAUAGAGGACCAAAACUAGAAGAACAUGCCUCUAAGUUUGCUAGUGAUACAAGCUAAGGCAAAAAGUUUGUAUGACAAUUUGAAAAGAGACCAAGGUGAAGGAUCAUGGACAGAGACUUUCACAGCAAGUCGGGGAUGGUUUGAUCAGUGCAAGAGGUGCUUCUACCUGCAUAACAUCAAGAUGUCCGGUGAGGGAGCUAGUGCUGAUACUGCAGCAAAUAAAAAAUUCCCCAACUAUUUCAAGAAAAUAAUUGUGGAAGGUGGCUAUUCCCCUAAACAAGUCUUCAAUGUUGAUGAAAGAGACCUGUACUGGAAGAGGAUGCCUGAGCGGACUUACAUAUCCCGAGAGGAGAAGACAGCGCCUGGAUUUAAAGCAGCUAAAAAUGGUUUAAGCUUGCUUUUAAGUGAUAAUGCUGCCAGAGACAUGAAGAUGAAACCACUGACAAUGUACCAAUCUGAAACACCACACACACUCAAGGGAUUUUCAAAGGAACAACUUCCAGUCAUUUGGAGAUCCAAAAAGGAGGCAUGGAUAACUGGAGCUAUUUUUUCAGAAUGGAUGACUCUCCGUGCUGUCCCUGCAUGGAAGGAAUACUGUGCCAAAGAAAAUCUCGAUUUCAAGAUUUUAUUGCUUAUUGAUAAUGCACUGGCUCAUCGACUCAACCUAGAUGACCUGUGGAAAAAUGUCAAAGUUGUCUUUCUGCUACCUAACACCACAUCACUCAUCCAACCCAUGGACCAAGAAGCCAUUGCUGCAUUUAAUACAUAUUACUUAUGCCAUACUUUCAACCAGCUCAUCAGAGGCACUGAUGGGGAAGGCAAACCUGCUAUUCAGCAAUUUUGGCGUGACUACAACAUCCUCAAGUGCAUCAAUAACAUCGGUGAGUCCUGGGCUGAAGUUACUCAGGUAUACGUGAAUGUUGUGUGGGGGAAGCUGUGGCCUGAAUGUGUCAAUGUAUUUAAAGAUGUUGUCCCUGCUGUGAAGAAAGAUAUCCUUGGCUUGGCCAAGAAAGCAGGUUUUGAUGAGGUGGAAGAAGCGGACGUUACACAACUUCUUCAAUCACACAGAGAAGAGCUAACCAAUGAAGAUCUGAUGCAACUAGAGGUGACAAGAGCAAUGGAAGAAGAGGGCCAAGAAGUAGAAGAACCACCAACUCAUCGAAAUUUGACUGCCAAACAUCUUUCUGAAGCUUUCCAAAUGAUUGGAGCUGGCUUGCAAAUCCUGAGUGAUGACGAUUCUGACAGGGAACACAGCUCCAAAGUGAUUAGGGCAGUUGGUCAUCUAAUGACUUGCAAUAAAGAAAUUUACCAAGAAAAAAAAAAGGGAAAGCAAAACAAUACUCUCUAGAUGUGUUUUUCCAAGUUCAGAAAGUUCAGCAAGAGGAGCAGCCGGACAAUCCACCCUCUUCUACUCUCUGACUCCAUCACCUCAACCAAGCUUUAUACUCAGCAAUGAUGAUUGUAGUAUUAAAUUGUUUCUUUAAA